UCUAAGUAGAAACGAAGUUCAAAGUUUCACAAUGUCAAGCUCCUCUUUCCCAUUAGUCUUCAUAUUUUGCUUUUCCAUUCUUCUUCUUCUCAUGUCCACUUCCAUGCAAACUGUCUCAGCCGCUACUACUAACAAAGCUUGUCUAAAAACUUACAAAAAAUUUAUCAAAUCUGCCUGCAAUUCAACCACAUAUCCCAAAGUUUGCUACAAAGCUCUCUCCCCCAGUGCAUCCGCCAUUAAAACAGAUACUAACAAGCUUUGCAGCAUUGCCUUGUCCUUCACUCUAAACGCCACAUAUAAUGCAUCUUCAUCCAUAGAUUCCUUGUCGAAAAUGAAGGGAUUGAGUCCGUCCGAGAAACAAAUCAUCAACGAUUGUGCUGAAACUACAGGUGAGGCAAUCUACGAGCUGGAGAAUUCCUUGAAGGCAUUGGCUAAUUUACAAGGCUCGGAUCACAAGGCUGAUGAGAUGAGCGAUUUAAAAACUUGGGUGAGCGCUGCCUUGACGGAUGAGUACACUUGCACGGAUGAAUUUGAUGGCCAGAAAGUAAGCAAAGCUGUUAAGAACACAAUAAAAAAGAAAGUGCUGAAUCUUGCCAAAUUGACCAGCAAUUGUUUGGCUCUUUUCAAUCUUCUGGACUACUGAUUUAGUGUUGUCAUUAAUAAUUCUCCAAGUUAAUUAUAUGGGAAGGGUGUUGUGAUCUUUUAGAUACAUGCAUUAUCGAUGUAAUAUAAUUUGUUGCAAUAUGAGAUACGCUGUUACACUUAA